AUUGAUUUGGGUGGAAAUGAAAAGUAGGAAAGCUCCUGGCUUUACAAUUUAUAUACUUUUCCCUGUUUUGGAGGAAGUAAUUUUGGUCCUAAAUCUUUAAUUUUAUCCUUUACUAGAAUUUACACAUAGUCUAGACGACUAGAAUUGUGGGCUUUGGAAAAUAAUAGCUGCUUGGUUCUCCCACAAAUCACUACUGUGGACAGGCCAUCAUUUCUUAUUGGCAUAGGUACGAGUAGAAGUAGUAUGCGAGCAAACUAGAAAAUCCCAUAUUUGGCUUCUCGAUUUCUCAGUCCUCUCUCUAUAAACGGUUUUCUAGAAACAGACAAAUUUUGUGCAGAGCUCAGAGACUGAUACUAGUUUUAUCCUUUGCCUUUUCUCAUUUGAUUCAAGAUGCAUUCUUCUUAAAAUGGGAGUACAAUCUUGGUGAUGCAUGGUUUCUAAAUAGUUUAUGGCAAGCCCUGUGAAGAAGUUUGUGUCUGCUGUUAUCCUUGAUUUAGAUGGUACCCUUAUCAAUACAGAUGGAAUAGUAAGUGAUGUUUUAAAAGUUUGUUUGAUCAAGUAUGGGAAACAGUGGGAUGGGAGGGAAGCUACUAGAAUAGUAGGAAAGACUCCCUUGGAAGCUGCUACUGCUGUUGUGGAAGAUUAUGGGCUUCCUUGUUCAACAGAAGAAUUUAUCACAGAGCUCACCCCUAUGUUCUCCGCUCAGAUGUGCAAAAUUAAAGCACUUCCCGGUGCCAAUCGCUUAAUUAAGCAUUUGAGGGGUCAUAAUGUGCCUAUGGCAUUAGCAUCAAACUCUCCAAGGGCAAAUGUAGAAUCCAAAAUUUCACAUCACCAGGGCUGGAAGGAAUCCUUCUCUGUCAUUAUUGGCGGUGAUGAAGUGAAAACUGGUAAACCAUCUCCAGAAAUAUUUUUGGAAGCAGCUAGAAGGCUAAAUAUUGAUCCCUCCAGUUGCCUAGUCAUUGAAGAUUCUUUGCCAGGUGUUACUGGUGGUAAGGCUGCUGGCAUGGCAGUAGUUGCUGUACCAUCAUUUCCAAAACAGUCCCAUCUUUAUACAUCAGCAGAUGAAGUGAUGAACUCUCUACUUGAUUUACGUCCUGAAAAAUGGGGCCUGCCUGCAUUUGAAGAUUGGAUUGAGGAUACCUUACCUGUGGAACCUUGGCAUAUUGGUGGUCCUGUAAUUAAGGGAUUUGGUCGUGGCUCAAAGGUUCUUGGGGUACCCACUGCUAAUAUAUCAACAGAAGGUUAUUCAACAGUGCUUUCACAACAUCCCUCGGGCGUGUAUUUUGGUUGGGCUGGACUAUCAACACGUGGCGUGUAUAAAAUGGUCAUGAGUAUUGGUUGGAACCCAUAUUUUAACAACACAGAGAAGACUAUAGAACCAUGGCUGCUUCAUGAAUUUGAAGAAGAUUUCUAUGGUGAGGAGUUGCGCCUUGUUAUAGUUGGCUAUAUUCGACCUGAGGCCAAUUUCCCAUCACUUGAGAGCUUGAUAGCGAAGAUUCACGAGGACAGAAGAAUUGCAGAGAGAGCCUUGGAUCUUCCGUUGUACUCAAAAUACAGGGAUGAUCCAUAUUUGAGAGGCUCUUCACUGUGAUGGCAAUGAUUCAUAUAUUUCAUGGAAAAUUGGAAAGAAAAAACAUUGAUUGUGAAAUUUCUCUCAUUCCAUUGAGAUGUUAUCUUCUCUUAUAAACAUAAUGGCCAUGAAACUACAACCUGGCAAAUCCAAAUAGUUGUGACAGUUUAUGUACUGUAAUCACAAUUUCAUUGAAUAAAAUUAUAUUAUUUUAUCGUUGCUCA